AUGACCGGUGUAAGUCGAGAUGCACCUAUCGGUAUUCAGUGCUUACAAAGACUUAGCGGGUGGCUUUGUCCACGACUGCAUAUAAACAGGCUAAGAUGGUACCAGGCGACCGUUCUAGUGCUGACGUAUUUCACAUACAUGACGUACCACCUGACUCGCAAGCCGAUCUCGGUGGUAAAGAGUGUGCUGCACCAGAACUGCAGCGGGCUGCAGCCGCCGCCGGGCGUGGACCCCGCCGAUGACCAGUGGUGCAACUGGGCUCCUUUCAAUACGAGCGACGCAAACACAUUGUUAGGCGCUCUAGACUCUGCCUUCCUUUUCUCUUACGCGGGCGCCAUGUUCGUUUCUGGAAUGGUGGCCGAACGGGUAGACUUGCGCUACUUUCUCUCACUGGGGAUGCUGGUGUCCGCCAUUUUCUGCUACCUGUUCGGGCUGGGGCACACGCUUGGCAUCCACUCCAUCUCCUUCUACCUCUUGGUGCAGGCCGGGGCGGGCAUAGCGCAGACGACUGGCUGGCCGGGCACCGUCGCCACCGUGGGCAAGUGGUUCGGCAACAGCAAGAAAGGCCUCAUCUUCGGCUUAUGGAACUCGCACACGUCCCUCGGGAACAUAUUGGGCACUGUGCUGGCGGCGGAGUUCGUUGAGCGCGACUGGGCGCUGUCGUUCGUGUACCCAGCGCUGGGCAUGGGCGUGGUCGGCGCUUUCGUGUGGCUCUUCCUGCCCUCCGAGCCUCGCCACGUGGGCCUGGCGGUGGCGCCGCGCCCAGAGUCCAGGCCGUCGCGAAGGUUGGAAGAUGAAGAGGAACCGACGCAGGUGAUCGUCGGCGACCAGGCGGCGAGCUUGCGGCCCAACAGGCACUCGGCCAACGCACCGCCGGGCGGUGGCGCGGGGGAGGAGGAGGCGGAGGCGCACGAGGGCACGGCGCUGCUGCGGAGGGCGGGCGGGGGUGAGCGGGGCGGGGCGGUGUCGCUGUCGCGCGCGCUCGCCAUCCCCGGCGUGGUGGAGUUCUCGCUGUCGCUGUUCUUCGCGAAGCUGGUCAGCUACACGUUCCUGUACUGGCUGCCGCUCUACAUCAACACCUCGACGUCGCUGACGCCGAAGCAGUCGGGCGAGCUGUCGACGGCGUUCGACGUGGGCGGCGUGGCGGGCGCGGCGCUGGCCGGCCUGCUGGCCGACUGCGCCGGUUGCCCCGCCCUCGUCUGCGCCGCCUUCUACGCGCUCAGCGCGCCCACGCUGCUGGCCUAUCAGGCGUGGGGGGCCAGCUCGUACGCGUUGAACGUGGCGCUGCUGGUGGCGAGCGGGCUGCUGGUGAACGGGCCCUACGCGCUCAUCACCACCGCCGUCAGCGCAGACCUCGGCACGCACAGCAGCCUGGCGGGCGACUCCUUGGCGCUGGCCACCGUCACCGCCAUCAUCGACGGCACCGGCAGCGUCGGCGCGGCCAUCGGGCCGAUGGUGGCGGGCGUGGUGUCCUCCUGUGGCAGCUGGUCGCACGUGUUCUACAUGCUCAUCGCCUGCGACUUCCUCGCGCUCUGCCUGCUGCUCAGGGUGGUCCGCUCGGAGCUGAGGAAGCUGCGCCACGAGAGGCGCCUCGCCUCGCCCCGCCUGGUGAGGACGGAG